UUGCCCGGUGUACUUUCUCCUUCUGGUCGUGAAAAUCGCGGCGACGACUCCUCAUUCUUCUCGUCCUCUGAUACUAGCCAAAAUAAUGUCGAUGAUGAGAUUGAGGGAUUUCUUUGUCCAAUAUGCAUGGUCCACUACAACUCUCCUGAGUCGCUAUCGGAGCAUUUUGAGGAGGCCCACAAUAAGGACAUGUCAUUAGUCAACCCAAAUUUUGAUACCGCUACUACAGUUUCGUCCAACUCCAUAGGAACAAGCCCAGGAUCAUUUUCAUCGAAGGAUAAAGAAAUAGAAGAAUUGAGACUGCAGAUCAAAGAGGAACAUACUUAUGCUGAAAAACUCAAGGAAGAAUUGGACCGUAUACAAUCUGUGGUUGCCCAAGCAACGGAUGUACCGCAGGGUGAAGUGCCAUACUUGAUGCAGCAAAUUCAAGUGUUAGAAGCUGGGAAAAGCAUGGGUGAGGACCGCUUGUGUGAUUUUCUUCCAUGCUCUUAA